GUGACGUCAUGUACUAGUUUCAUGCAUAUUCAUAGCCUAUUGUGUUUGCCGAUUACGGGCAAGAAGGGGAGAGCUUGCGUGGCCAAAACUAUUCUUCGAAUUUCACAAUGAUCUCCAAAUAAUGAUUGAAUUGAUGAUUGUGAAAUGUUGAUGACUAUGAAGUUAUUACCUUUGUAAUACAGUGUUGGCAGACAGCAUUUCUGAAGAAAAUCACAAUGAUACGAAAGUGUGAACUGUGUGAUUUCACUACCAAGAAUGCUUUCUUUUUUAAGAGGCAUAAAGUCAGGUGCCGUAGAGAUCAUGGUAUUGUAAGAGGAGGUCGGCAGAAGUUUGCCAAAGAUGCAUCUGUGGACAAUGCAGAUGCCAACACAACUCUUGAUAGCACUCUAGAGGAGCCAAAGGAACACAUUGAUGGAACUGAAGCAGGUACUAGUUUGGUAAUGGAAGGUACUGAUGGUUCUUCAAAGAUGGAGGUAGAUUCUCACUCAGACCUGGCAGUCUCUGAAUCAAGCAGUAUAGUAGGGAGUCAAUCUCAGAAUGGAGCAGAAAUUACAGAAGCACCUUGCAAAGCUGAGCCAGCAAAAAAAAGGUUGUAUCAAUGCACAAAGUGUGAAUUUGUUUGCAAAAGUUCACGUAAAUUUUUGUACCACCAGGUGGAGAUACACAAAGUGAGUAUGAAUAUUUACACCUGUGAAUACUGUGAAUACAGUUCAAGAUUUAGACACAAGGUACUGCGACACAUGAAGGCGGGGCACAGUGCGGAUAUCUCAACCUUGCAGAACUUGCAACCAGAAUAUGUAAGCACUCAAGCGCCAUUUCCAGUUAAGCCGAAAACUUCUGUGCCAGUGAAACCAAGACUAACUGGCGCAAACAAAAGAGCUCUUAUAUCAAAACAUGGAGCUGGUAAAAGGAAGUUGAUGGUUAAGUUUGGAAGACCACAAACUGGUGCAACUGUGACAAGUUCAGAACCAGAGGUCCCAAAAAGCAACAUACCACCACUAGUGAGUGUGCCAAUUAAGGAUCGGUUAUCAAGGGUUGUGGAAGAAGUUGAUCUUGGAAAUGGUGAAGUGACAUUCAAAUGUAAGGAAUGUACAUUUGUCUGCGAGGACAGACAGAUGGUUGCUAAGCAUGCAGUAUCAUGGCAUGUAGACACGAAAUCCUUUACCUGUUCACACUGUGAUUAUAUAACAUUUGAGAGAACUGACUUCAUUUCUCAUCGUUUGACACACAGAAAUGAACACCAAUUUAAAUGUGAUGAAUGCACAUAUUCGACAGACUUUAGACCAAACUAUGAUAGGCAUAUGUCAAACCACAAAGGGUCAUUCCCAUAUAAAUGUUCACUUUGUACCUUUGGAUGUGGAAGCUUAACGGUGAUAAGACGGCACAUGGCAAAUAACCACACACCAAUUCCACCUCAAUUUACAGUAGUCCCACCACCAGCAAAGAAAUUGAAGUUACCUGUCCCCAAACCUACUGGGUCUGUUGAUAAGACAACAGCUGCAGUUUCAGCUACAGCAACCUCAUCAACUCCUGUCAAAGACAUUUCAACUGUUAAGAUCACACAUUCGCCUUCUAAGUCACCUCAGAAGACGCCAGAGAAGCCACAACAGUUUCCAGAUCUGUCAGAUCCUCUUGAUCAAUCAAGUGCUAAUUAUCUUUUUCAGAUGAGUAAAGCUUCUUUCCUGGAGUCUGAUAGUGUUUCCAUGGUACCAAGGCCUACAAUACCACCUCCCAGUCUGGAUUAUACUGGCCUUCUUGGUAGAGAGCUGUCUCCUCAGAGAAAACUGCCACCAAAUAUCACUCAGUAUGUUGAAAAAGAUAACGGAAAGCUAGUUUGCCCAGUGUGCAAAUUGAAAUACAAGCGUUCCUCAGAUCUGAAUCGUCACAUGAAGAGAAAGCAUGGUGUGAAGCUGAGGGAGUACCUGGAAAAUUGCGCUGAGAGCGGAUUAUUGCCAGGGGUGAAUGCUAGCAGUUUGGCGGAACUUAGUUUUGGAGACGAUGAUGGAGAUAUGGAUGAGCAUGACGAUACUGAUGAUGUCAAUGAUGGUGAUAAUAAUGAUAGUGGGAUGAUGGAGAGUGAGGAAUCUCCGCUUGAUUUGUCCUUGAGGACAGACUCUGAUGAUUCGCCAGUACCUGCUGAGAAGCUGAAAUGCAAGUACUGUAAUUAUCAAGCAAAGUGGUUGAGUGAUUUGAAAAGGCACUACUCAGUUCACUCAAUUGAGAAACGAUAUAAGUGCAACUACUGUACCAAGAAGUACAAGUACAUCGGGGAUCUUAAUGUACAUGUGAGAAAAGAUCAUAAUAAAGAACCAGGAGAAGUUAAAGUUGUUAAAGUUGCAACUAUGGCAAAGAGAAAAACAUCUCCUGCUAUAUUCAAGUGCCCAUGUUGUAAUUACACAUCAGCAUGGAAGUCUGAAGUUGAUCGCCACUCGCGUCUGCAUACAGGUGAAAAAACUUUUCAGUGCAGCAAAUGUGACUACCAAACGUACUGGCGAGGUGAUAUAAGAAGACAUGUGUAUAAGCGUCAUCCAGAUAUUAUGGGAGAAGGCGUUGCUAUUGAUGAUGUCAUUAUAAAGAAAAAGGCUAGAUCUCCUGUACUUUUACCAGGUGGAGUAGAUAGAAGCUCUCAUCUAGAUCAAGACAGACCAGAAGAUUGUAUGGAUUCAAGUUUUCAGUCUGAUGGGGAGCGCUUAUCAAGGGAAGUCACGCCAACCAAAAUGAAUGUGUCAAGGUCACACGAGCCUUCCCCCGAAGUGAAUAUGAGCGAUUAUGUAACAAAAUGUGUUUCUGGUCAUUCACCAACACCGUCCCCAAUAAAAGAGCUGGGGGCAGGAAUGUACAAAUGUCAGUACUGUGGUUUUAUUGCAAACGCACCAUCUAAAAUGAACUCCCAUAUUGCAACUCACACAAAUUUGAAACGCUACAUGUGCCCUGUUUGCGGACGCAGGGCGAACUGGAAGUGGGAUAUUGCAAAGCACAUCAGACGCGAUCAUAACGACCAAAUUACUCAGGUCAUUAAGCUUAGCAAACAUGAGGCAGAGGAAACUAUCCAAACAUACAUGGAUUCCAAUCCAGUUGUGAGGCGGGAUCACCAUUUAAACCUUUCCCCAGAGAGAACCUUGGGAACAGAAAACACUGACCAGUAUUAUAAAUGUUCCUUAUGCGACUUUUCAGCUGAGAAAAGAAUUUCUGUUGCUAGGCAUAUGCGUUACAUGCAUGUCAAUGUUGGUCAACAUGGCAACAUUCUAAUGGUCAAGAGGUCGAGUCCAGGUAAAAGACCAGAGGUGGAUCAGGAUCAAGUGGCUGCAAUGGAAGAGUUAAAAGCAGGGCAUGUUACUCCCGAAAAGAUGUCUCCACAGCAUGUUUCCCCAACCAAACCGAUACUAGACCCAAAGAAAUCCAUGUAUGUAACUGCACCCAGCAGCACCUCUUCUCCAGCAAAGUACACGCAUCUUGUGGAGAAUUUUGGUCCACAAGAUGCUGCAAAGCCAUUUAUGUGUUCUGAAUGUGGCAAAAGGGGAGCUACCAAAGGAGAUGUCAAGAAGCAUUACCACUACGCCCAUGCAGACAAAGAAAUCAGGAUCAUUUACCUUGGUGAUGGUUCACAGAGUGUCUAUUCGGCUAAAGCUGACAUUGGUCCAGGGAUGCCAGAAAAACCACCUGCACCUGAACCAGAAGUGGCUACAGCACCGGUGCAACCACCUCAAGCUGCAGAGAACAGUACUCCAAAUACAAGUGGUGUAAAAUCUAUUUGUAAAACACCAAAGGUAGUCGGCUACAUCAAACCUUAUGUUUGUGGUCUCUGUGGCCGAAGAUCAAACUGGAGGUGGGACAUGAGUAAACAUAUUCGCGAGAGACAUCCUGGUCAGGAAGUAAGAAUUAUUGAAUUAACUGAGGAAGAAGCUAGGGGAACAAUACAGGACUACAUUAAUAAUGUGUUGCCAAGACUUAAUAGGGCCUCAAACUCUGUACCAAAAAGGAGGAAUAAGGAUUCUGUGCAAACAUCUUCAAAGGAAGAUCAAGAGCAAAUACAGAAAAGUGUUGCAAAUAUUGUAAAAGCGAGAGAUGAAUCUAAGCAGGUUGAACAAAUAGUUGAUGACAAACUUCCUGAAGGUGGUAGUUAUUCAUUUGCAGGUGCCCCAGUUGUUGGACAAUUUAAACAGUACAAAUGUUCAGGAUGUGCAUACAGAUCCAACUACAGAAGUGAUAUUCAAAGACAUAUUCCAAGACGUCAUGGUCAACAUGCAAAAGUUAUUCUUUUGGACAAGGAGACAGCAAGAGCGACUUUAGAUUCAUACACAUAUAAACGUUGUUAUGACAGCACCAGCACGCAGACAAAGAAAAGCAGUUCAGGAGGUCAUGCAGCACGUACCACGCCCACAGGAACACCAUCUGGACCACUUCCUAAAGAAGCUUGGGCUGGACUUGAGAAAAAGAUUUGGAAAUGCAGCAUGUGCGCAUAUUCGAAUGAAGACAAAGUGGAUGUACUAAAACAUGUUGGCAAGCAUAAUUUGAAGGCUUACAAGUGUACUACCUGUAAUUGGACAUCAAAUUUUAGAUCAGCAGUUCAGAGGCAUAUCCAGAGUAAACAUCCAACGGAUGACAUAGCACAGUGCAGACUGAGCAUCAAAUUGAUAAAGGAAGGACCAGGUGUAGACCAGUCUGGAAGAUCUAUUAUGCCUGAUGGUGUUGCUGCAGCAGAAAACUUUGCAAACCAGUCUGAAAAUUCUGCUGAGUCAUUGCCGAGUCAGAUAACAGCUAUUACAGGAUUACAGUCUAUGAACAACCCACAGUCAUUUAUGUCAACUGCAUUGUAUUAUUGCAAAGUGUGUAACUUCAAUUCCACUUGGAGGUCAUGUGUAUGUAGACAUCUGUUAAAGAUACACAGGAGAAAAGAUUAUGUAGCUCAGAUUGUGAAGAAGAUUGUGAGAACAAGUAUUGUGCCACAGCAGACAACAGCUAUGUCAUCUUCUUCUUCACCAUCCCAAUCCUCUGUCCAGAUGCCAAUGGCUGUGCCUUCAUCUCCAGCAGCCUCUCCUAGAAAGAAGAAUUUCCACUGUAACGUUUGUCCAUACAAAACUUACAAAGGCAAAAUGCUGAAGUUCCACAUGACUUGCCACAAACCUCAGCCAGGAGUUAAACAAGUAAAAUGCAAGUACUGUCCUUACUAUGUGAGUAGCAAUCGUCUGUUGAGUCAGCAUUUGAAUCUCCACCUGAAAGAUUUCAAAUCAAACCCCGAGUUGAUGUUUUAUCCUACCACUCCAAUGAAAGCACCUCUGCCAACCACAUCCAAAAGUCCACAGGCUCCUAAAAGACAUAGGUGUGAGAAAUGUCCAUACACAACAAACAGCAAGAAUGAUUUCCUGUACCACAAACAGUUCCACAGACCUAAGCCUACAGCUGAUUACAAGUGUGAUUUUUGUGACUAUUGGGUGUCUCACAGGCGUCUUAUUAAACAACACAUGAAAGUACAUGAGGAGGAAGGUUACUAUUCUGACUCCAUUGCUACCCCGUCAAAAUCAGAAUAUUCAGAAAAUUCUCUUGUUUAUGACACAGUUGAAAUUGCUGCUAUCAAGCAAAGAAUUAUUGCAUCAAAAAUCACACCCAGUAUAUCGCAGAGUCCGUUGGUGUCUCCAAUGAAGAUUGCAUCUAGUUGUUCUGUUGGUGGUCGAAGAAGUUUCCUACGCAAGGACGGGACUUACAGAAAGAUUCAUCAGUGUAGACAUUGUCCUUACAUGAACAUAAGACUGAGAAAUAUGAAGCUUCAUGAACUGAUGCAUGGCAAGAGGUCUGCGACACAUCCACUGAUGAAAUGUCCACAUUGUGACUAUUAUGUUGGAUCUAAAGGACUUUUAGCUCACCACAUGAAAGUCCAUCAGCCGAAUUAUGGUAUUGAUUACAUAGGGCAGGAGAAAGAGAAGGAUCGUCGAGACAGUCGCGCUAGCGAAGAUUCAGAAAUGGACUCCAGUAUUGCCACUGAGAACAAAGUUGACACACUCCUUGAAAUUACGCGAUUUAAGAAAUAUGGGUGUGAAAAAUGUCCAUAUGCAAGUUCGAAGAGGAGCAGGUUCCAGCGGCAUGUAGAGAUGCACGGAAGCAAACAAAAAUGCAAGUGCGAUUUCUGUGAUUACAGCGUUCCCACAAUGAAUCUACUUAAUCAACACAUGAGGCUGCAUUUUGAACCAAAUCAGAAUCUUCUUGCAGCUCAGUCCAUUCUGAAUUUACAGUAUCUUCCCGAGAUGCCAGCUGAUGUAGCACUUGCCAGUAUGAUGACAAAUAACGAUUCUAAAAAUCCUGUUAGCAUCACACAUGAUCAUAUUGACCUGUAUGAAAAUCAGCCUGAAGAUCUGGAGCCAAAGAAGCUAUAUCGCUGUGACAGGUGCCCUUAUGCAAAUAUUCGGCGUGAUCAUCUUUUGGCACAUUUAAGAUGUCACAUGGUUAAGAAUGAAUAUGCAUGUCCAUAUUGUGAUUACAGUGUUGGAAAGACGCAUGUCCUGGUACAACAUGUUAAAGUUCACUUCAGUCCACUUCCAGAAUUUUCCGAGUGGUUAGCAGAAAAUGGUGACAAAGAGAGAAUAAAAGAGGUAAAAAACAAAGAUAUGAAAGAAGCAAUGGAAGUGGUAAAGCUGUUCCAAAAUGAGAAAAAAGGAGAAUCGAAGGUCAAUGGGGAUUCAGUAAAUGGUGAAAAGGUUAAAGAAAAUGGUACUAGUCAAGAGAAUAUUGGAACUGAUGUGAAAAGAUCUGGUGGAGAAACUAUAGAAUUGGUUGGUGAAGAGACUACUGAGAAAGACAUUGAGCAAAAAGAAAAGAUGAAAUUGAAUGGUAAGAAAACAGAUAAAGCAAGUGAAGUCAGUGGAUCAUCAGAGGAGAAGAAUCAAGCUGUAAAGAAUGAGAUGAAUGGGAAGCCUGGUGUGACUGAUGAACAAAUGGAUGUUGAUACCAAAGAUGCAGCAAAUGGCAGUGAAGAAACAAAAGAUGUUAAAGAGAAGGUAGAAACAGCAGAAGAUGUCUCGUACGUAUGCCAGUACUGUGAUAGAGAUUUCCCGACGUCAGAUUGCCUUGUCCGACACGAGAUGCAGCAUCUUAUUGGCAACAACUAUGAGGAAUUGGUCCAUCAGUUGGUGAAGGCAGCAGAAGUUCAACAACCUCCAGACCAGUCUGUGUCUAACCAAGAUAUGAAAACUGAGAGCCAAUCAAAUGGUAAAGCAGAAGAAACUGGUUCCCUUGAAGAUGAAGUGAAACCUGGAACCAGCGGUAUAGGUAAACCAGCAAAGGGUGUAAAUAAAGGAAAAAGUAAAGACAGUAGUGAAGAAGUUGUCAUGGAAACUGAUUGAACUUGAAAUGCCUAUUUGUACAGAUUAUUUUGAUGUGAUGUUUCAUGGAGGAGUGCUAGACAAGAUUUACCCUAGACACAGCAGCCCCACUACCUGCCGAUUUACCAAAGUUUGAGUAAACUAUGAACUUUGUUCAGGAUGAGCUGUUAGUACAGGUGGAAUGUCUUGCAUUAACAUAAUUAUAACUUAAACAUCUUCUCUGAAACUACUGGGCAGAAUUAUACAAAAUCUAGUUUGAAGCAUCCAUCAUGGACUCAUCUCAAGUUUGUGUAUCCCUUUUAGGGGCUGGCAGAGUUAUUAAUAGAAAUAGCAGUAAGUGAUUUAAUUUGCUUUACCAAACUUUGUCUGUAGCAUCCUUGUAUGUACCUCAGUCAAGUUUGAAUAAUGGCGUUGCUUGACACCACUUUAGAGGCUAUCAGAGCUAUAUAUAGAAAAAACUGCAAAUAACUUCUUACCAUGGACCCUUUAAUGGAUCCUCACCAGACUUGGUCUAUAACACCCUUGCAACAUUUCAAACAUCAUCUCUGAAAGGAAUUGUGUACACCAAACUUGUAUGUUGCAUCCUGGCAAGGUCCUUUCUGAAGUUUGUUCAAAUGGGGGCACUUGAGUGGUUUUUUGUUUUUGAGUCGGCUAAACGCUGUCAAGCGUUUGACGAGUCCUUGCUAUCGCACGAUUUCUCAUUCUUAAAUGGCCUCACAACACAGCGAAGUGAUGUAGUUCCAUUGGACUGUCUCUAAUUUCAAAGAGUUCAUUGAUCGAAUGAAGUUCAUUUAUGUCAAUCCUAUUUGCUAUGACCAAUAUACGAUGUAAUCUGUCAUAUUUAUGACUUGUAAUUGUGCAAUACUCGGAAAAAGCCACGUAUUUUCUUCCGCGGUAACUUAUUAAGUAUAAACACGCAUAACGAUUCUGCAGGAUUUGGUAAUACAUUUGCGCAUAUGAUUAUGGUGACGAAUUUUAUGCCCUUUUGUCACAAAAUAGCAAAUAUGAUGUUCACAAAUUCAAAUAAAAACUGCAUACUAACUUAUUAGCCAAAUUAUCUAUUUGUUACCCUGUCCGUUUCAAAAAAUAAUAUUUAAAAUCAUUGCGCAAAUAACAAAUUUAUUGUGCUGUGCAUUUUAUGAAUUGCGCAGACUUACAAAGCUUGCGUAACAUCCAGCGAAAGACAAAAUAUAGUUCCAGAACAUACUGCUAGUAUUUUAUUGAGUGGGUACCUCUGAAAGCAUUGGAAUGCCUCUUAUCAAAGAGUUUACCACAUCGAUGAAAUUAAAUUAUGACAGCUUCAUUUUAAAUGAUCCGAAUAAGAUAUGUGCAGUACGUUAAUUCUUCCGCAAGACUUCGUGGAUGAAUCCUAACUACAUUCUGGACACUUCUCGGCGAACACGCGUGAUCUGUUUAUAACAAUGCUUCUACGACUUUGCUUGGGUCGAAUUUUGCAGUCAGUAAACGGAUAAAUUAUCGGAAGAAGAAGCUCUUACUGGUUUGUUUAGUUACUACUGAUAUUAAAAAUGAUAUUAAUUCUUAUUUUUCGAGAAAUAAACAAAUCGGCGAAACAUUAAAUUGUAUUUUCUUGUAGUUUUUGAAAUCGAAAGUAGAUCGUCUAUGUUUGGCUGCUUUGACGAAACAAACAACUUUUUUAUGAAAAGAUUUAAAUAAGAGGUAAUUUAACCGUAAACUUCAAUGUCAGAUACUGCCAAUUGCUGCUAAAUGUCCGCUUAUUGUUGAAACUGGAGAUUUUGGCGGUGUAAAAGAAAGUGUAAUCAUAUCCGGAUAUAAUACUUUGGGUAAAUAUCGAGCUGUGUUAUGAAAUUUAAACAUUAAAGUAACAGACAUGAUAGAUAUUAUUGUAACAGAAAUGAUUCUAGAAUUUAUUUUUAUAAUACAUACAUAGAAUCAAUAUCAGACUUAUAUUCUAGUGCUGAGGCAUGACCCGAAAGUAAAACUAUGAAGUGACAGUCAUUCAUACUUUGAAUAUUGUAAUACUAAAAAGAAUCUAGGUAAUAUUUAGAAAUUGAAACAUAAAAUUUUCAGUUAGAAAUCGCACCAAAGGCUGUAUCAAGGGUCUACAUUUUCAAAAUUUCCUUGUGGUGAUACCCCAAACCCUACUUGCAGGAGGGGGUAUCCUCCCACACCCUCUCCCCAUAUUGCCACUUUACAGUUUGAUACAUUUGCCCUUUUACCACCUGCCCCAAUGCCCAUUUCAAAAUCUGACUGCAGUUCAAAGCGGGAAGGAACACCCCUCCCCACACCCACCCUGCUACCGACCACGUUAAAAUGGCUCAAAUAUUUUUCAGCCCAGUCUGGGCCUGUCUGUCUACAUGAAUCAAAACGGAUAAUUGAAAGUACAUAGACUACUGACAUGGUUUUGAAGGGGUUAACAGGUCUGAAAUAGAAUAAAUGAUGGUUUUAACUAAAAAAGAACUGCAUUUAUUAAUAUUGGUUAUCUUUUCCGAAAUUGGUAGCUAGUCCGAGUAACUUCUCUUAGUUUCGAAUGUGCAAUUUUCCUGUCAGUGUAAACAUUCAUGACACUAUAUAUUGACACUCAGCAACAUUUACAUAUCUUUAAACGCAAAAGUAAGUAUACUUUAAAUUCACAUCCCUUAUAAUAUGAUUGAACAAUACCUAGCGUGUGACACGGUUAUUGCCAGGCCCCUUAUCUGUAAAAUAUCUGAACAGUUCUUUCGUCCAUCCGUUACAAAUUGUAUGUGGCAAUCCGCGCUAUAAAAUUUCAAUAUAUAAAUUUUCAUAUUCAAAUUUUAUCACGUGCGAAUAUAUACCAGCCGAUAAUUGCCUGUUUUGGUAAUGCCGGAGGCAAAUGUUUACUGGAAAAAUAUUUAUAGUCAUGGGCAGUAUCUUAGUGUCACCUGUCAAAUUGUAGUUUGUACUUUCAACAUUUUUAUUUUUGCGAACCACUCUUCAAUUUUAGAGAAAUAUAUUGGGUUUAAAUACUUGUAUAAUGUCAAUCAAAGUUUUACUAGGCAUCGAUUGAAUGUCCAUUUCAUCUAUUGUAACAAAAUCUCUGUUCAGUUGGGGAAAAAAACUAAAACCAAACUGAAACUGGUAGACUAUACUACCAGUACAUCAAUCAUUAGCCGACUCUCAGGCCCUUCCGGCUUUUGAUUUAUUCUAAAAGCAAUUGUUACCAUUCAUGAUUCAGUGUGUCAGUCAUAUAUUUAAGGGUCAGCUGAGUGAUUUAGGGCCACUAUGGCCCUCUUGUAUUUUGGGGUUUUUUUUUUUACUUUAUAAUAAUUCCAUGGAAGAUGUUUUAUAAAUAGUUAAUACUUAUUAAGUAUAGAACUGCUUAAUUAUUAUUAUGUUUUAUCAGCAGAAAGGGUUAAGUCCAACUCCAAAAAUGUAUCUUGUAGAAAUAAGAAUGAAUUACCAGUAUGCUGUAUAUAGCUUUUAUAUGUAAAUAUGUGAUAUAAUUGAACAAAUGUUAAUCACUUCACUUUGUUGUACAUAGUAACCUUUAUGUGACAGGUUAUGCAUCUGUUAAUAGAUGCCAUUUAAAGUCUUGACAUGAAAUGUUUCAUUAGCACUGGAAAUCAAAAUUUUCAAAGUGAUUUUUUAUCAAUAGCCUGAUUGUUGAUUGAAUGAUCAGUAGCCCGAUUGUUGAUUAAUUGAUCAGUAGCCCAGUUGUUGAUUAAUUGAUCAGUAGCCUGAUUGUAGAUUAAUCAUGUUUAUAAUUAUAUUCUCAUGUAAUGAAAAUUCGUCCAAGUAGUGAAAAAAAAUUAUUUUGGACAACAUUAUCAUUCAAGUAUUUUGCUAUCAUACCAUUGACUGAUUAAUUUUGCAUAAUUCUGUCUACUUAAAAAUCAUAUGACCAGUCAAAUUAAUAUAUAAGAACAACAAUUUUGUCAUCCUAAUGGUUAUUAAUUAUUGGAUUUAGCUUAUUUCGUAUACAUCAAAAGUUUUUGACUUUGGAAAUUUUCUUCAUUAAUCCAUGAACCAUUUCUUGAUUUGUUAGUUUUGUGAGUAUUGCACAUAAAAUAUUGAUACCAUUUUGAUUUGUCUUGUUUGACUUUCAAGACAAGCUAAGGUUUAUAUAUACAUGUACAUUAUGUAUAUAUCAUUGUUGAUCAAUUGAUAAUGAAUUGUUGGGUCUAAAAGAGGGUCAAUACAUAAUCUAAAAUUACUUGUGUGUUCAUAAAAUUUUGUGGUUUUGGUCAAAAUGUCUGUUUCAUAGGGAUAGAAAUACAGUGCAUUUGCGAUGCUACGAAUCGCAAUUUAACGAAAUACCAGUAUACUACAAAAAGGUGUUGUGGUCCCGGCUGCUUUCAUUCUUAUUUCUAUGUUACAAAGUCGCGGUUUUACGAAAAAUGCGCUCCUACGAAUGUAUUGUUAUGCCCUUACAGACUGUUUUCAGCUUGUUUGAAAUGCAAUUUUACGAAUACCUGUAUCGGCUAAGUUUUCACACCUUCCUCUCUGUCAAGUCUGGGCCGUCACGGUGAAGUGUGAAAAUUGCUUUAGAGUAGAAAGUGUCAUUAUCCAUUAACUGGGCGUAAACAGUUAUUAAAGUGUGAAAACUGAUAAAUUAGAUUCUAAAUGCGAAACACAUGCACUGUACACAAUGACACAAGUUAUUUGACAUAAGAGUGAUAUUUUCUCCUAUAAAUAUUGGAUAGGAUGGCACACCAGUCACUCUUGCUUUGAUUUCUACACGAUGUGUAGAUAUUUCAUUUGGGUAGUUGUUACAAAGUGUAGACGUAGCGAAAUUUCCUAUACUGUGCUCGAACGAAAAUACGAUAUUACGAAAAAACGGCCGGUCCCUUGGCUUUUUUGUAGGACCGCGAUUGUACUGUAUACUGAAAUCAAAAAGGAUUUUAACUGUAUAUAUUAGGUGUAACCAAAAAAAUCCAGCACAAUAAGUCCCCUUGCGACUAUAACUGCUUUGUGUAUAGUUGAUAAUGAAUUGUCAGGUGUAAAAAGACUUGUAUAUUAUUCUUUGUUAAUCUGUCAGUUAUGAAUUGUUGGGUCUGAAAAGAUCAGAUUAAUGAACAAACUUUUUAGGGAGUGACAUUUGAAUAUUGUAGCAUCUGUAAUGUGUGCAGACAAUUUUGUUUCAUCUUGUAAUAUUUAAAGGUAUAUUAUAUCCAAAUUUCAUAUUUAAAAACAUGGAACAAUCACUUGAUUUAGUAUAUGUAAACAUAAAAUUAACAAGUUAUUUAUUUUUGUAGUACUAUGUAUUAGUACACACUGUAUACAUGUAUAGAUAAACACAGUAUAAAUGGGUACUACAUGUACCUCUAAAACACUUGUUAUUGCAUUACAUUUAAGUUUGAAUAAUGCUCUACAUGCAAACUUAAUUUACAUAUUUAGUAAAGUUAAAAUACAUUUGAUUGAAUUUUAUACAUUUGAAGUAAAUAUCUAAACAAAUAUUUAGUGAAAGAUGGCCAUUUCAUGUAAAUGUGAUGAAAUAGAAAAUAUUACAUUGCUUUAGACUUAGGUCUCCCCAUCUGUCUGUCUGUUCAGUUUGCAUUUAGUAAGUGUGGCUGGUGCCAACACUGUUAUUACUCUUUGAUAAACUUUUUAGUUAUUGAAUAUAUUAUUUAUGAGUUUUGAAGCUACUUUUUUUACUCACAAGUUUUGUAAUUGUGCUUUCAGUAUUUUGGAAAAUGUGCUUUAAUAAUUCUAUAGCUGCUGGUGCAGUUUUUAAAACUUAAAAAAUACUGUUUUUGAAAUUCAACUGUUUCUUUAGAGUAGAGUAUGAUAUGUUAUCAUCAUUAUUAUUAAUAUUAUAUAAAACUUCAGAGAAAGUUCAGGCGAAUGAAGAUUUCAGGUUAGGUUAAUAGAUGGAUAAUUUAGCCUGAACUGUAUGUGAGUUUUCAUACUUACAAGGAAUGUACCUGCCAAUCUUCAUGAAAAAUAUCUUGACCUUAAUGAAUUUUUAGACUGCCGCACAUUUCCUGAAAAUGACAAACACAUUCACAAAGUCUAAGUUUACAUUCAAGAUUACAGAAUAUAGACUAAAACGAAGGGUUGCUUAAUCUUUUGGACUUUUCUCGUGCGACUAUUAGAAGAUGACGUUCCUUUAAUAAAGAGCACAAGAAGUGACUUGCCAGACCUCUGUUUGAACAAAGACACCCAUCAAAUUUGUGUAAAUUGAAUUUUAAAAGUAAAAUAAAAGUGUAUUUAUGCAAACAUGUAACAUUUAAGGAAGUUUUAGUAUGUUCCUUAGCAAAUACUGUUUUUUAAUGAAGUAAGAAUAAUACAGUUAUGGAGUUGUCACCUCAGCACUUAAUGCUAGUGUUGGUACGCCGUAAAACCCAAAUAAAUAAAUAAAUAAAUAUAAACUGCUAAAUGUCAGUGCAGUUACCUUUAUGAAUGUCGGCUACAGACAAGUACUUCUAGGCAAGGUUGGUAGAACAUGAAGUGAUUGAUAAUGCUGAGUGUCAGACUAAAGAUGAUUUAUAGCAAAUAUUUAUAGAAAAAAAGUGUUAUAUUCAAAUCUAAGGUUGAAAGCCUUGUUUUUAAUUACUGUGUAAUGCAUUUAUGCAAAUAAAAAAUUAACUGAAAGAGUAAA